UCUGGAAUUGAUUGCUUAAUUGCUUGAUUAAUUAAUCGAUAAUUCGUUCGCCAUCUGCGAGAUCUAUGAGUCACGUGGCACCCUGCGAUCUCGCCCGGCGAAAAAGCCGUGGGACUUCUUUACAGGCUGGCCAUCGAGCUGCAAAAGCCACUCAUCCAGCCCAGAGUCAUCCUCAUGGCCAUGGUCCCGACCAGCGCGCCUGUAGAUCCGAUGCGUCGACGUCAGGAUGUCAACCUUCGAUGGCAUCGUUGAAGAGUUCCCUUUUAUCAGAAUCGAUUAUUUCCGCAAGAAUCCAGAUAGACCAUCCCCGUUGGCAUGCUUUCUGAGCCAUGUCCAUAGCGAUCAUCUCCAGGGACUGGAGUCCUUGCGGUCUCCGUUUAUCUACUGCUCAGCGGCUACCAGAGAGUUACUUCUUCGUAUCGAGAAAUAUCCUCACCGCAUGAACUUUAGCAAGGGCAUUCUGGAGUCCCGGAAACAGCACUACAAUCACUUAGCGAAACUGCUGCGACCUAUUCCAUUGAAUACGCCAACGGAAAUCGAGUUGACGCCUAGGUUACGAAUCCGAGUUACUCUGCUGGAUGCAAACCAUUGUCUAGGGGCGGUGAUGUUCCUCAUCGAAGGCGACGGCAAAGCAGUUCUUUAUACGGGCGAUAUUCGCGCUGAAACGUGGUGGGUCAACAGUCUGAUCAGGCACCCCGUGCUCAUCCCGUAUACUCUUGGAAACAAGCGGCUCAACAAGGUCUACCUCGACACGACCUUCGCUAUCAAAUCUGAUGUUUACCGUAGCUUUCCAUCCAAAGCGGAAGGCAUUAAGGAACUCUUAGACAAGGUUUAUGCGUAUCCAGACGACACCGUCUUCUACCUGCGAGCCUGGACUUUUGGCUACGAAGAUGUGUGGCUCGCGUUAUCCGCGGCGCUCAAUUCAAAGAUUCAUGUGGACCGAUACCAAAGAAGGCUUUACCAGUCACUUCAUCCACGGAAUGAUGGAAAGGUCCCUGAGGCAGCUUUUCUUUGCGGAUUUGAACUGGGAAACAAUUUCUCUCCAGGCUGUCUGACUGGUGAUGAGAGUUGUCGGAUCCAUAGCUGCGAGCCAGGAAUGUUCUGUCCCGUGAUCGCUUCUGGAAGAGCGGUCUAUAUCACACCAAUAGUUACCCGAAGUGACGAUGUAGAAGUGCCCGAGGUGGGCGCUGGCGGCGGUGGAGGGGAUCUAUACCAAAGCCACGAACUAGAGCUGCCAGAUGAAUCAUCUGUUGAGCAGCUCGAGAAAUUAUGCCUGCAGCAUAUACAUGACCCUAAUAUUCUCACGCGGACAAAGGGAGCUCUAAUCGAAGCUUUCAGGUCAAAGAAGAAAACUUUAUCACUCGAUAGGUAUGGACUCAAGGAUGAGAAUGACAUUUCGCUCCAAAGACUUGUCGAUGUCCUCAGCCGUGGCCAGUCACUUGAUACCACAGGUAGUAACCAAUAUGAGGAUAAAGAAAGGGCUGCUGGUGGCCGUACAGAAUCAAAGCGUCAGCUACCCAGAAAAAUAACGUUUCCUUAUUCACGGCAUUCUUCAUACGCAGAGCUGUGUGAGUUGAUUGCAGCCUUCAGGCCAAAAGACAUUUAUCCAUGCACGGUUGACCCUGAAACCUGGAGCGAGGACGUCUCUAUGGCGAGACUAUUUGGCCACCUGUGUUCCGGAGAUAUCUUCUCGCAUGAUGAGUACAUGUACAAAUUCCUAUCAGAACAGCAACGACCACAACAGCAGAUGCAGGAUAUUAGCUCAUCUACGCAACCGAGCCAGCAGUCCAGCGAGCAGUCAAGCCAAAUAUCCCACGCGCUCUUUUCUCAACCUGCAACGGGUCCUACUGAACAUGACAGAGUUCCAAAGACACACACCCGCCAACUUCCUACGGGACCGUCUUCAGAUUCAUCUCACACCCGGAAUGAUGCCCAACCCUCAAAUUCAACCACCACCUCUCUACAGAAAAGCGCAGCCCCAACAUCAGAGCAUCACAGUCCCAGCAUGAACCACGAACCUCCCCCUAUCCCCGAACGAACCGAAAAAGCCCGCAAACAUCGCAACAGCAUCCGGCGGACGUGGUACAAGAUCGAAGAACUUCGAAGACAAGGGAAAUGGCACUUUCACAACGAACCUCUUCCCACCUGGUGGCCAACAGAGGAAGAAGAUCUAUAUCACGCUGAAGAACCAUCGUCAGAUGAGGCCUCAGACGUCUCGGAUCCUGAUACCCCUUUUCUAGUCACAGAGGACCCAUCUAUAACCGAUGUAAAUAACAUCGCACCUAUCGACCCUAUCGACACAGACGUAGAUGCAGAUGCAGAUGCAGAUCUUCCAUAUUCUCAAACAAGCACUCUCUCCAUCUCCCUCUCCAUGUCCAUGUCCGAAUCAGCCUUCGAUUCUCAAGAACAACCACCACCACCUCCUCCACCACCAGACAGCACUCCCCAGACCACACCCAAUAUCAACGAUAGCAACAACAACAGAAUCACCAACGGCAGCAACGGGAAUAACAAACGCAAACGCCUCCCUGACCCUUCAAUCCGUAACCGGAUCCGUGCAUACCACGCCGCACGAAGCGGGAGCUGGAGCGAUGUAUCGUUGCUAUCUGCGGGGAAUAAUCAUACGGAGGAGGAACAAGAGCUUUAGUCUAUUUCAGUUCAGUCUGAUUCUGGUUUCUUGAAGAGUGUUCUAUUUUAGAACUUGUGCAUUACACUACUUGGUUAUGGAUAUGUAACUAGACGCUUAGCUCAGGACGGACGGAUUAUACAUGCUAACUACCUAACUAGUUAAUAAUUGGAAAAUGACAAAAACU